AUGCUCUCUUUUCGGGGCCUACAAGGUCUUAUGAGAUCAAUGGCAAUUGUUCUUCUCAUUCUUACGUUGGAGAUUGAGCGAGUCAGAAGUAGAGUAUUCACUUUCGCUCCCAGUAUGAGAAUAAGCCAGUUGUCCAAUUGGCUCAAUCAGGAUUAUCCGUGCCAAGGUGACACCAUCGUGUUCGAAGAGAACAAAAAGACCGUCACGUUCAUCGACGAGAGCAUUCAGGUAUCAUCCGUGAUUCUGCCUCAUGUCGGCUCUCUCAUUUUUUCAGACAACUCUGUUUUGGGUGAGAAAAGCCCAUGGCAAUGUACCCGUCGAAAGAGUCCAGAAAAAGUUUUCUUCCAACCCGAGGCAAUCUUUCCUGCAUUCAGUGAUCCAGCCAGUUGGAGUGUGGACGACAAGCCUUUAUUGCAUAUGAACAUGGUGCCGGGACCUAAGGAUGAUGUCAUUUUCCACGACGUGGGAGCCUUCCAAAUAUCAAUCGACGAUCAGGUUACAGUCAACACUCUGAAAGUGUCGAAAGACUGGGUGGGUCCGAACACCGGAUAA